AACGCUUCCGCUCCGCUGUUUCGACACGCUGUAGGCUCACGAGUGUUGUACGUUGCGGCCGUUACUGUUGCAUUGACAAUUCAUUCUAUAAACGUGAGUUACCGAAAAACAAUGGAGCGCUAAAGUCGGGAAUAAGAUGCGUAAAGGGUGUGUUUGCCUGCAAGACUGGAGAGAUCCUCUAGUGGAAGUGAGCUAACCCACACAUGGCCUGCGAGUCGGCUUUCCCUGCCAUCAUGGACGAGCAGGCCCUCAUGGGACUGAACCCCAACGCUGAUGCCUGCUACCGGCAGAGAGCUCUGGCAUAUUUUGAGCAGCUCAAGGAAUCUCAGGACGGAUGGGAGGUGUGCGCUGAGGCAUUGGCUAAAGGUAUCUACAGGGACGACCAUGUGAAGUUUUUCUGUUUUCAAGUGCUGGAGCAUCAAAUCAAGUAUAGGCAUGCAAGACUCACAGGAGCCCAGCAGCAGCUUAUAAGAGAGACUUUGAUGAAAUGGCUGCAGUUGCAGUUGAUGAACACACAGCCUGAGAAGCCGUUUAUCAAGAACAAGGCCGCACAGGUGUUUGCUCUUACCUUCGUCAUGGAGUACCUGACUCUGUGGCCAAAGUUCUUCUUUGACGUGCUCUCGCUGAUUGGCCUGAGCCCUCAGGGCCUGGACAUCUACCUGCGCACACUCAUGGCCAUCGAUGCUGAGGUGGUGGACAGGGACAUCGUGCACAGCCCUGAGGAGAUUCGUAGGAACACACUGAUUAAGGACAACAUGAGAGAGACAUGUAUCCCAGCCCUGGUAGAGUCAUGGUACCAGAUCCUGCAGACGUAUCAGAGCAGUCACAGCGAGCUCACGUGCCAGUGUCUGGAGGUGGUCGGCGCAUAUGUGUCCUGGAUUGACCUCAACCUCAUCGCUAAUGACAGGUUUGUGAAUCUGUUGUUGAGCCACAUGUCAGUGGAGGAGCUGAGGGAGGAGGCGUGUGACUGUCUGUUUGAGAUUGUUAACAAGGGCAUGGACCCAGUGGACAAAACCAAACUGGUGGAGUCCCUCUCUCAGGUGCUACAAAGUGCUGGUUUCUUCAAUGUAAAGCAGGAGGAGGAUGUGGACUUCCUGGCUAAGUUCUCACGCCUUAUAAAUGGAAUGGGUCAGGCACUGGUGAUAAGCUGGACCAAACUCUCUAAAUCAGGAGACAUGAAGGUACCAGCAGAAACCCUGCAGGCUCUGGAGGCCAAAAUCCCACUGAUGCUGCAGCUGCUGAUGCACGAGGAUGAUGACAUUUCGGCUAAUAUAGUGGGCUUCUGUUACGACUACUUGCAUGUACUCAAACAGCUUCCUGUCCUUACUAAUCAGCAGAAAAGUAAUAUUGAGGCCAUCAUGCUUGCUAUUAUGAAAAAACUGACCUAUGACGAUGAGUACAACUUUGAAAACGAGGGUGAAGAUGAGGCGAUGUUUGUGGAGUACAGGAAGCAGUUGAAGAUGCUGCUGGACCGCCUGGCUCAGGUCUCCCCUGAGCUCUUACUGGAAUCUGUACAUAGAGUCUUCACUAGCACCAUGCAGAACUGGCGAACGGCCCGAUUUAUGGAGGUGGAGGUGGCGAUCCGCUUGUUUUACAUGCUGGGAGAAGCACUACCUGCGUCUCAUGGAGCUCAUUUCAGCGGCGACGCCACAAAAGCCAGCACUCUACAGGACAUGAUGAGGACGCUCCUCUCUAGUGGCGUAAGCGAGUACCAGCACACCUCCGUCACACUUGAGUUCUUUGAGACCGUUGUCCGCUAUGACAAGUUCUUCAUUGUGGAGCCUCAGCACAUUCCUGUUGUCCUGAUGGCAUUUCUGGAUCACCGUGGCCUGAGACACAGUAGUCCGAAGGUGCGCAGCAGAGUGGCUUACCUGUUCUCCAGGUUCAUCAAAACGCUACAUAAACACAUGAACACCUAUAUCGAAGACAUCCUAAGCCAAAUACAAGAUCUCCUGGCAUUAACUCCUCCUGAAAACGGUUUCCCCGCUCUCCUGAGCAGCGACGAUCAGCUGUUCAUGUUUGAGACAGCAGGCGUUCUGAUCGUGAACGGUGAGAGCCCGGCUGAUAGGAAACAGGUGCUGAUGCGCAGUUUGCUCGCGCCGCUGAUGGAGGCUUUCCGCCUGCUCCUGGGCAAACUCACUCAGGAGAGCGAUGAGGAGAGACAGACUGCUGUUGCUGACUGCCUCAGUCAUGCAGUAGGCUUUGCCAGCCGUACCAGCAAGGCCUUCAGUAAUAAGCAGACAGUGAAGCUGUGUGGCUGCUCCGAGGUCUAUCUGGACUGCCUGCAGACAUUCCUGCCUGCGUUGAGCUGCCCUGUCCAGCGGGCCACGCUGCGCAGCGCUGUACGCUCCUUCCUCCACCGCAUGAUCAUCUGCCUGGAAGAGGAGGUCCUGCCUUUUAUUCCCAAUGCCAGCGAACACAUGCUAAAGGAUUGUGAGCCUAAGGACCUGCAGGAGUUUAUCCCCCUCAUCAGCCAAAUCACAGCCAAGUUUAAGUGUCAGGUGUCUCCGUUCUUGCAGCAGGUCUUCAUGCCGUUGGUUAUGGCCAUUUUUGAAGUAUUAUCUCGGCCAGCAGAAGAGAACGACCAGACCGCAGCGCUGGAGAAGCAGAUGCUGAGGAGGAGCUAUUUCAGCUUCAUCCAGACCAUCGCCAGCAGCGGGAUGAACGAGGUCAUGGCCAACCAGGGUGCUGAAAAUAUAGAGCGUGUGCUGUUCACCAUUAUUCAGGGAGCAGUGGACUUCCCUGACCCUGUCGCCCAGAAGACUUGUUUCAUCAUCCUCUCCAGACUAGUCGAGCUCUGGGGCGGUAAAGACGGUUUAGUUGGGUUUCCAGACUUCAUUUACAAACACAUUCUCCCAGCAUGCUUCCUGGCUCCUCUCAAACCGACCUUUGAUCUGUCAGAUGCACAGACUAUCCUGACCUUGUCUGAGUGUACACUGACGCUGAAAAUGAUUCAUCUAAAGAGGGGGCCAGAGUUUAUUCAGUUUCUGCAGCAGGAGUACCUGCCAUCUCUGCAAGUCGCACCCGAGAUCACGCAGGAACUCUGUCAAGUGCUGCAGCAGCCUGACACCAAAGUUCUGAAAAACUACAUGAAGGCUUUCUUUCAGCAAGCUAAGCUGUAACGCCACAAUGAGUUCAAGACCGUACAACAAAAGGACCGAGCUUAGUAUAGAAGCUGCUUUUGCACUUAAAGGGAGAAGCUUAACUGUGGUUAACAUGAUCCGCUCCAAGGGGGGAAACGUGGUGCCGAUUACAGGACACUGGUUCGGUGGGAGCACGCUCGUCCUCACCAAUCAGAGUCGUACUCUCCACCUGGGAGACAGAUGUCUGUGAUUGGCCAAAUGGACCAGGCAGAGAGCUAAGAGUGUACCACAGGUUGAUGUUUUGGUGAGAGACAUUUUGUCCUAAACAACAAAAAAAAACUUUUGGCGCUUAAAAAUAUGGACUAUAAUUACAGUAAUAUUUUGUAUUUGUCAGCACGCUUAAAUGGUUUAACAAAUGUGUAGGGAUUAAAAAUAACCUAUAGAGGUGAUAUAUUUGAGUAGAGGCGAUAUAUUUGGGCGGUUGAAACAAGGUUUCUGUGAUAAGUUAGCAGAAAAUGAGAGCCGUGCUGAGAUGGUUUUAUUUAAUUUUUUUUUUCUUUUUUAUGUCAAAAUAGGAGCAUUUAGUUUUUAUUUUGAAGUGACUGGAAAUAUAAACAUGCUGUUCUAGAUAUGAAACCCUCUGGUGUGAAAAAUAUAAACAGUUCUCCCCCAUUCAUGGUAUGUUAAAUGCAGAUUUACCCUUUUAAAUUGUACAGUGCAUCACUGAUCUGCAUUAAUGCAGCUUCCUGGCAUUUGCCCUGAAUGUAGAAACACAUGUUCAGUUUAAAUCAUUUUACAGCUUGCAUCCUGAGGAAUUAAGCAAUGUCUGCUGUCAGUAUUUAAACUGUGCAUCUUUACAUCAAUAGGAGCUGAGCUGGUGUUGUUCAUGAUGUUUCAGCUGCUGUAAAGUGACCUUUUUUUUUUUUUGCUUUUUGCAAUUAACAUUUUUUUUUUUUUUUGCGCUAUAGUCCGUAUCCUAGAGUCACAAUCUGCAGGUUGCAUGUUAGAAUUUUACAAUCUCAAAAAGUGUAAUUUAGAAUUUUCACAACAUUGCAGUUUCAAAUUCUAGUGCUUCUGGCGUCCAGUAAAACAAAAUUGCCUAUGAUUUGGGUGGGACUGGCAUAAUCUCUCUCCCCUUGUCAGUUACAGACAUACUAGCCAGUUAUUAGCGUCAGGGUCCUCAGUUAUGUAGAAGAGGGUGGAUAGCACUUUCCUAACUGUGUCAUGUCGUCAUACCUGAGUAGUUCCAAAAAGUCAUGUCGUGUCACUAAAAACGCACGUUAGCCAAAAGUUGAGGCCUACCUGUUAGAUAGGAACUGGCCAAAUAGGUUAAAAAGUUUGGGUAAAAAAAAAAAAGCCUAAUGUUACCAUUACAUUAUUUACACAAUGCUCAAAUUCAAUGUUAGGACUAAUACAAUUUAAAUAAAAACAUGCAAUCUGCAAAAUGCUCUUCAGAGUGGUUUUUGUUUAAUUCGUUCACUGUAAUUAGUCAUUUUUUUCAAAUCCUGGCUCUGUAAGUUGAUCUUAAGUUUGUAUAGGUAGCAUAACAAAAAAGAAGGAAACGAUAAACCUCGUAAACUAUACAUGGUUCUGACAGGGUGCGGAGACAAACCCCCCAAGAAACAGUUAGAUUUUUCUUUUAAAGUUUUACUCAUCUGAUAUUUGACCGGCUAAAAAAAAGUUGUGCACGCAACUUAGCUUCGAUAACAGCACACAAUGUCAUGGCAAGUUCAUCUGUGAAAAUUAUUCCUCAUGCUCCCAGAAACACUCUUUGACCUUUUGAGUCCUGGAAUAUGCCUGUGCCGUCAGGGAAUAAAAACACCAUGAAUUUGAUAAUCUGGUCAUUCAGUACAUUCAGGUCUUCAGCUGACUUCAUUUUAUUGCUACAUAAUGUUGCUGAGCCUAGAUCAGAGCAACUAAAGCAAGCCCAGAUCAUAGUGUCUCCCGAGGCUUGUACAGAGGGCAUGAGGUGGAUCCCUUCAUACCCUGAUUCACCAAUCGCUCUGGAAUAGGGUCAAUCUCAACUCAUCAUAACUAUCUAACUUUCACUAUUAAACUAUUUCACUAUUAUAGCUAUGGUUAAAUGUUAUUAAAUUUUUUAUUUUAUUUUUUUGCUGUGCAACCCGUCUAUCGUCCCUCCCCAACAACAAAGUUGACGGUUCUGCAAUACCCUUCCAGGUUUUGAUAGUGCUAAACAGUUCUUUACCCAGUUUCAGUGAUUUAAAAUAUCCUUAGUUUUCUUUGCUUGAUGCAAGUUCAAUAAUUUGACCCUUCUGAAAUGAUUUUUUUUUUUUUUUUUUUUUUUUAGCCAGGCAGUGAGCAAAUAUAGCAGUCUAAUGUGUUGAGCAAUGAGAACAUAUUCUGCUCAAACAGCUAAUGACUACGUAAUGAUUUGAAAAUCGGUUUCCUGCCUCUUGGCAACUAAAACAUGAGAAAUGCAGAACAGCAUUGCACAGCAGUCUGUACUGCAUAAUAACAGUAGUAUGUUUUUGAAGUAAAAUGAUUAUAAAUUACUUACACAUUAAACACAUUAUAUAUGUUUUACCCUGAGAAUGCUUUUAUAUCCACAUGGCAUAGGAAACACUCUGGAUUAUCAAAGAUCACUGAACAGCUCUGCGAAUAUCGUCUCUGACGGUUCCUUAUAGAUUAACAUAAGAACAUUCUCCACUUGCCUUUUUUUAAUUUAUUUUUUUACCUAAACACUUAAACAGAUACUGCGAUGUUGCCAGCUCCUAAAUCUAAAAUAUGGCAAAUGAAUGCAAAGAUACACAUUUUAUUUAGUUCCAGACAAAUCUCUACCUAGUCUUAUUUUUGAUAUCCCUUCAGUACCUUGUUCCUACAUUUGUUGCUUUCAAUAAAGUGUGUAUAAAUGUAAA